UGUCGCUGACCUUUCCUCCAGCGGCUCCGCGGCGGCGGCGGCGGUCAUUGCAGCCGGCCGCUGCUCGGAUCGGUGAAGAGUUCGGUCCUCACGAGCCACGGGAGCAUUCCGGACAGGCUAGAGGAAACAAGACGGAAGUUAGGGGGUCAUGGACGCGAGCUGGAAGAACAGCCUGGAAGAGGAGCUCCUCUGUCCGAUCUGCCUGUGCGUCUUCGUGGAGCCCGUGCAGCUGCCGUGCAAGCACAACUUCUGCCGGGGCUGCAUCUCCAUGGCCUGGGCCGCGGACAAGGCCGCGGUCCGCUGUCCCGAGUGCAACCACGCCUACAAGCAGACGCCGGCGCUGGAGAAGAACUUCAAGCUGGCCAACAUCACCAAACGGUUCAACAUGCUGAACGCGGAGAAGGCCCCCGCCGUGCUGCAGUGCGCCCUGUGCCGGCAGGGCCCCCCGCUGCCCGUGCGCAAGGUCUGCCUGCGCUGCAAGGAGCCUUGCUGCCAGAGCCACGUCCAGGCGCACCUGCAGCAGCCGUGCGCGGCCCCGGGACACCUGCUGGUCGACGCCGAGGAGCUGAGCGCCUGGACCUGUCCCAUCCACGAGGAGUACCGGCUGCUCCACUGCGAGGAGAAGCAGGUGGCCCUGUGUCCCUUCUGCUGCAUGGCCCAGUGCUCCACCCAGAGACACACGGUCCGCGAUGUGGAGCGGCAGCGCGUAAACGUGCAGGCCACGCUGAUGAGGCAGCAGGACAGUCUGGUGGGUCGUGUCCAGGACAUCGACGAGCAGCUGACGAAGCUGGAUGCAAACAAGACACAGAUGAAGGAUACGGUGUCUGAGCUGAAGGAGCGCGCGAGAGCCCAGUAUCAGCGGAUGCAUCGGCUGCUUGAGGUGAACCAGGCCGAAACCAUGCAGCUGCUGGAGAGCGCCCACUCCGUGUACGUGAGGAAUUACACCCAGCAGGUUCUGCAGCUCGACAGGAGGCGUCAGGAGGCGGCCAAAUGCCUGGACUCUGUGCAGACGUUCAUCAAAAAGUCGGACAGCAUCAACUUCAUGAAGAACACAAAACCAUUCCAGAUGCUGAUGAACAGGUCAGUGUCUCACCUGAUCAGUUCCACGCCUGCAGUCGGACUGGGUCAGCUCAACUCUGAUCAUCUGCUCUCUGAACUCUCGACGAAAGAGAAGAACCUGCGGAGGGUGCUGGAAGAUCCGUUGUCGGAGGCUUCCAUCCUCGAGAUCGUCCAGUCUCGCGGCGGCUCCGCCGGCUGCCAAAUGGCGACUGGUCCGGGACUACAGAAGAGGAAAUACAGCGCGGCAUUCUUUGGAGGCAAAGCAGAAAAUUCUUCGCCUUCACUAAAACGCUUCCUGCCCGACCAGAGCCAUUGUUCUUCGUCCAUAUACUCGUCCGAAGGCCUCUCCCAGAAUCCUCACAUUAGCCCCAGCCACGGUCGGCUCCUUGACUCUCAUGCCCAUCACGUCGUGGGUCUGGCCUCCAGCUCUGGCCACCACUCAGGGACCAUAUUGCCCUCCUCCCACUUCCCCGGCGGAGCCGCCUCGCAACAGGCCAUGUACGAGGGGAGGAAAGUGUUGAUGUGCACUCUGAGUAACUGCUGCUGCUCCAGGGCCCCUGCCGCCCACGCCCGGCCCCUGUACCCAGCGUCGGACGCCUUUCACUCCAUGGCCCCUCAGGAGUUUCCCGUGAGCCAGCCACUGCAGCAUUUUCCAAUCCGUGGACUGACGGAGGCCUCGCAGGCCGCCAGGCGCCCGGACUUCUACCAGCUGUAUAGCUGUCAUCAACCAACCAUCAAUCUGGGACCAAAUAAUGACCCGGAAUGACUUUGUUCCGUUUUAUGCAGACUUUGUAUCAGUAUUUCCAUAUUUUUCUUUUCAUUAAAUUUCCACUUUGCAUCCGA